AUGAGGCUUGCAAUUACGACUCCUCUGGGUCGGGAAAUUCAAAACGGGUUGCUCCCUAACCCGGGACAAAAUAACCGAGACCUGCUCGGUCGCAAAAUCCAACCGCUCCCUCGACUUUGCCGACUCAGCCACGAGCGCCGCCACCAUUCCCUUGAGCACCUCCACCCUCUCCGCAUGCUCGUUGCUCCUCCUUCCGCCACCUGGCAGCGGCGGGCCCACGUUCACCACCCUCCGCCACCUCAGCGGGAGGUACCUGUCCGGGAUCUGGAAGCAGUUGCCCGCCGACAGCACCCGAAGGGCGUGGCAGCACAGCACUCCCGAGAACUCAAACAGGCGGCAGCUGCAUUCCAGUGUGGCGGCGGCGCGUGGGGCCCAGUAGACCCUGCGGCCGGGCCCCUCGGGCUUGGCGUGGUGGCGGACGAGGAAAGAGGUGCCGUCGGGUGCUGGGCUGAUGUUUUGGAUGUUCUGCUGCAUUGUUUGUUGUUCGCCUGCUUGGUCCCGGAAAUCGACGGCCACAGCCACCUGAAGGGGAUCCAAGAAAAAAAGUUAAAGGAAGUUGUAGUCAAACCUUACUUGUUCCACGAAAUGCGCAACACGGGUUUGAGCACUCAAAAACCGUUGAAUAAAAGCAUUGAUGGACUUGGACUGUCCAGGAGCCGUCAUCCCUGCAAAGAAAUGAUUUCUCAACGUUCUCCAAGGACAGCAUUGAACCAUGAAGGGAAUUUGGCCACGAUAAGCCAUAUGCAAAGUGCAUGUUUCGUGGCGGGCAUCUCUAUUCCUAUUGCUUCUUUUAGGCACAUAUUUUGGUCCGUCAAUACUGUUUGCGGGGAUUUCCCAUUCAUAAACCCCAAGAAAGCCUUAGCCCAAGAAAACGAUCUGAGAUUCUCCUCACCCGAAGAAGCAUGGCAUCCCGUAAUUGUUCACCCCGACCCAUAUCCCAAGAGGCAUGUCGAAAGCCGUCAGCCUGUGAGUCGUGUCAAACACCACAGCAUCCCCGAAAACCUCGUAAGACUGUACAGACGAAGCAUACGACCACGCAACAUUCUCCAACCUCCCACUGCAAUCAACCGUGUAAUCAAAUCUAAAAUUGGGAUCUCUAUCCUUAAUAUUCCUACACAUCCUCAGCAAAUCCACACCCUCAUCCUCCGGCUCUACCUUCCUAAGAGACUGAAGCAAAUUCCUCACAUCCUUCUCAGUGAAGGGCAGGUAACCGGGCUCCACACACUUCUCAAGCUCCAGAAGCCUCAUCAUCUGCUGCACGGAAAUCCCAGUCUUGGCGAACAUGAGAAUUCGGUUCUUGUCAGACUCUGA